GCUAUAUAUGGGCGUCGGGCGGGGCCGCGCUUCCUCUCGGCUCCGCGCCGCCCGGGCCUCCACACGGCGUUGUCAGCGUUCCCUGUCGUUGCUUCCAAAGGGAAACCCCACAAUGUCCGGAGGCCUCGAUGUCCUGCAGAUGAAGGAGGAGGAUGUCCUCAAAUUCCUCGCUGCCGGGACCCACCUGGGAGGUACCAACCUCGACUUCCAGAUGGAGCAGUACAUCUACAAAAGGAAGAGCGAUGGUAUUUACAUCAUCAAUCUGAAAAGGACCUGGGAAAAGCUGCUCCUGGCAGCUCGUGCCAUUGUUGCCAUUGAGAACCCAGCUGAUGUGAGCGUCAUUUCUUCCAGGAACACUGGACAGCGUGCGGUUCUGAAGUUUGCUGCUGCCACUGGGGCUACUCCUAUUGCUGGGCGUUUCACCCCUGGCACCUUCACAAACCAGAUCCAGGCAGCUUUCCGUGAGCCGCGGCUCCUGGUGGUUACAGAUCCCCGGGCUGAUCACCAGCCGCUGACAGAGGCGUCCUACGUCAACAUCCCCACCAUCGCCCUGUGCAACACCGACUCCCCGCUGCGCUACGUGGAUAUCGCUAUUCCCUGCAAUAACAAGGGAGCCCACUCAGUGGGUCUGAUGUGGUGGAUGCUGGCUCGGGAGGUGCUGCGCAUGCGUGGCACCAUCUCCCGUGAGCACCCUUGGGAAGUCAUGCCUGACUUGUACUUCUACAGGGAUCCCGAGGAGAUAGAAAAGGAGGAGCAGGCGGCUGCCGAGAAAGCAGUGACGAAGGAGGAAUUCCAGACUGAAUGGACGGCCCCAGCACCUGAAUUCACUGCUCCUCCUCAGCCUGAGGUUGCAGAUUGGUCUGAGGGAGUGCAGGUCCCGUCUGUGCCCAUCCAGCAGUUUCCUACAGAGGACUGGAGUGCCCAGCCUGCCACCGAGGACUGGUCAGCAGCUCCCACAGCCCAAGCUACUGAGUGGGUUGGCACUGCCACAGAAUGGUCUUAACUUCAGCCCUGCUGUACUGUGAGAGAAAUAAAGGCUGGUUUAGUACACGC